UUAUCACAAGUCAUCAAAUAAUUGUGUAGAUGGAAAAAUGUGGUCCUUUAUAUAUUUUCAGUAUUUGUUUUAAUAUACCAAAAUCUAACUUUUUUUUUGCAGUUCGAUUGGAUGAGAAACAGUUGGACAUGAUGAGGAGCGAGAGAGCAUUGUUCCUGCUACUACUGCUUCUUCUCCACCACCAUAUUUGUGCUACCAAGGACGACCAAGAACACCUUUGUCCCCCUUCUUCAUGUGGCAAAAUCAGCAACAUCACUUAUCCAUUUCGAUUAAAAGGCGACCCAGAAAACUGCGGGGACAAAAGGUAUGAGAUUGGUUGUGAGAAUAAUGUUACGGUGUUGUAUCUGUACUCUGCAAAAUAUCAUGUUGAGGCAAUAAACUACAAGAACUACACAGUGAGAGUGGUUGAUCCUGCACUUCAACUCCAUAACUGCUCCUCCCUUCCUCUCCGUUCUCUCUCUCGCUCCAAUUUCUCUGAUACUUACGAUGACUACACGGAUUCAUACCAAGCCGGUCUAAGAGCAAAUGAUAAUCGGGAAUCUCUGAGUUUCGAGCAUAUAGUGUUUCUGAAUUGUAACCAUUCGGUGAGAGAGAAUGUAAAGUAUGUGAAAACUGAAGAGUGCGUGAGGUGGGACUCAAAGGGCUGUGCAUAUGCUGUUGGUGGUGACCUGAAAGCAGAGGACAUUGAAGUUGGGUGUGACAUAAAACUUGUUGCGCCAACAUCUUUCACCACUUUCAAUAACCAUUCCUACACUUCUAUGCACUGGAGCUUGGCCUAUGGAUUUGAGAUUUCAUGGUUAAAACUCGCCUGCCAUCAUUUUUGUCCACAUGGAUUCUGCUCUUUCGACUAUGCGAGCCAGAAAUUUGAUGAUUGCGGAACGAUUGUACAUGUGUGGAAUGAGGAAAGGGAUUGGGAGUGGGUUUCAUUUUUAUUGGUGAUUUUGAUACGUAAAUGGAGGAAAAGACAUGCAUCAACGUAUGAAAAUAUUGAAAAUUACCUUGAACAAAAUAACUUAGCACCUAUAAGAUACUCAUAUAAGGAAAUCAAGAAGAUGGCAGGAGGUUUCAAAGAAAAGUUAGGUCAGGGAGGAUUUGGCUCUGUCUUUAAGGCAAAGUUGUGCAGCGGACCUUAUGUGGCAAUCAAAAUACUAGGCAAAUCAAAAGGAAAUGGACAAGAUUUUAUCAAUGAAGUUGCAACUAUUGGAAGAAUAUGUCAUCAAAAUGUGGUACGAUUAAUUGGAUUUUGUGUUCGUGGUUCAAAACGUGCUCUUGUAUAUGAGUUCAUGCCCAAUGGAUCUCUUGAUAAAUUUAUUUUUCCAAAAGAUGGAAGUGCACAUUUAAGCUAUGAAAAAAUAUAUAGUAUAUCAAUUGGAGUGGCUCGUGGAAUUGCUUAUCUCCACCACGGUUGUGAGAUGCAAAUUUUACAUUUUGACAUCAAACCCCAUAACAUCUUACUGGAUGAAAACUUCGUCCCAAAGGUUUCGGACUUUGGAUUGGCAAAGCUAUAUCCAAUAGAUAAUAGCAUCAUCACAAUGACUGCAGCAAGAGGAACCAUUGGUUAUAUGGCUCCAGAACUAUUUUAUAAUAAUAUUGGAGGAAUAUCUCAUAAGGCUGAUGUUUAUAGCUUUGGAAUGCUUUUAAUGGAGAUGGCUAACAAGAGGAAGAAUCUAAAUCCCUAUGCAAACCACUCAAGUCAACUUUACUUUCCCCUUUGGAUCUACAAUCAUAUUAGGGAAGAGGAAGAUGUAUAUAUUGAAGAUAUGACAGAAGAGGAAAAGAGAAUAACAAAGAAGAUGAUCAUAACGGCUUUAUGGUGUAUACAAUUGAAACCAAAGGAUCGUCCCUCAAUGAAUAAAGUACUAAAAAUGCUUGAAGGAGACAUUAAAGACUUAGAAAUACCUCCAAAGCCUGCUUUAUUUCCAGAUGAAAUGAUUGUAGAGGAUCGAACAAUCAACUCUAUCCAAACAAUUUCAAGUGAAUUCAUUUAG